AUGGUGCGCUCCGUCACCUUCGAGAUUCGGUGGCACGACACCCAGCCCAUCUACAGCUGCUCCUUCCAACCUCUUCCGUCAAACCACCUCAGGCGUGUCCUCGAUCACAACAUGGGCCAAGCCGCGGGCCUCGCACCUGGCAAAGGCUUGUCCGAGAUCGACUCUUCCGCCGCUUCAGCGAUCGCCUCGGCCACUGGCCCCGUAGCUUCGUCAUCCAAACUCGCUCCACCGCCCGUCAUGGCAGGAGGCCAAAGCUGGAGGCUCGCUACCGCGGGCGGUGACAACAACGCGCGCAUCUGGAUGGUGCAUCCCAACAUCCCCUCCCCCGCAGCAAUGGCCAGCGCAGCUGCCGUCUCGGGAUCAGCUGUCGUUGCACCCCACCCUCCUCGCGUCGAGUACCUUGCUACGCUUCAGAGACACUCGGGCGUCGUCAAUGUCGUACGCUUCUGUCCAAAAGGUGAAUUGCUCGCAACCGCUGGUGACGACGGCAACGUCCUCUUUUGGGUACCCAGCGACCGUAACAAACCCAAUUUCGGCGACGUCGCCUCUUCGCUCGAGGGCGAGAGUCAGUUCGAGAAAGAGUUUUGGCGCGUCAAACUCAUGUGCCGCGCCACACAGCAAGAGCUCUACGACAUGGCCUGGAGCCCCAACGGCGAAACGCUUGCAGUCGGAGGAACCGACUUUGUUGCGCGCAUCAUCAACGUUCAAGACGGCCACGUCAUCCGCGAGAUUUCGGAACACAACCACUACGUACAAGGAAUCGCAUGGGAUCCUCUCAACGAGUUCAUCGCGACGCAGAGCAGCGACCGCAGCGUUCACGUCCACAACCUCCAAACACGGAGACACGAUCGCGAACGAGAUGCCAACGACAAGUCUGCCGCAGGUUCUUCAGACGCAGCCAUCACAUCCUCGCAGCUUGUCAGCAAGAACGCCAAGCUCGACUUGCAUCGCAGAAAUGGCAGCGCCGGCGGCUACGUGUUUGACCAGCACUACACCAAGCCCGCAUUGCCCCGACGCACCAGCAGCCACGCCAGCCAGGCUAGUGAUGGAGAGGGCGCAAGGGACAGCUUUGUCGCCAGUCUACGUGGCAGAUCCAAACGUGGCAGCACUCCCAUCGACCCAGCACACACCAGCGCAGCUGUGGCCCGCGCGAGCACUCCAUCUGGUGCACCACCAUCAUCAGCAGCCGCGGCAGUCGCUGCAAACGCUGCCGCACGUGCGAGCACUCCUACGCCCGUCGCUUCAGUACCACCCAGUCCCUUUUCGACCAACAGCGCCGCCGUCGCUGCACACGCCAUGAACCCACCACAGACAACGCCUAGCCGCAGAUCUAGCUUCAGUGGCAGCAACUUCGACGUGGGCUCGCCACCUACCAGCACCACCUCCCUCGCGCCCGCUUCCACCUUGGCAGGCUCGUAUGGCAUCAAACAAGGAGCGAGCUCCGCCGAGCACGGACUCUCGGUCGCUAGCGGUGCAGCUGCCAGCGAUGCCGGUCGAAGAGGUGGCAGCGUCAGCCGCUCAGCUUCCCGAACCCGCAGCAUCCGCUCUCCUUCGCCCAUCCCACCUUUGCCUGCCAUCCGAGCGCCGCCAUCACCCAAGCAGCGCAUGCAAGCUGCUGCUGCGUCGGGUCUCUCGGGACCGCUCGCCAAAGCCUCGAUGCGACUGUACGGUGACGAGAAUUUUAGCGGCUUCUUCCGUCGCCUUUCCUUCAGCCCUGACGGUGGCCUGCUUGUAACGCCCAGCGGUAUCUUUGAUCCGCCUCCUCAACCAGCGUCGCCUACCGUCCACCUCUCGCCUCGAAAAAGCCCCGCCAGCCUCAACCCUGCUUCUGCUGGUGCUGCCGCUGCCAGCUCUAGUCCUCAACUGGGUCCGGCCAACAAGAGCGCCGUCUAUCUGUAUGCGAGGGGCAACCUCUCCCGUUCGAACGCGCCCAUCGCUGUACUGCCUGGACACAAGACGGCGACGUUGGUGGUGCGCUUCUCUCCGAUCCUGUACGAGCUGCGCAAGACUCCGCGUGCUUCGUCCGCUGCAGACGAUGACGAAGGCAUGGCACCUCACCCGACCAUCCCGCUCGAGGCUGGCAAGCAAAAGACCGUUUCCCUCAGAACGGAAUCAUCGCAAGCCGCCUUCUCCCCCACGCUGGGCGCCACGGCACCAUCCGCAUCUCCGUCGCAAUCGGACAAAACAUCACCGCACUUUACACGCCACGACGCACGCUCCCCACCGCGCGGUAUCAGCGUCAUCGGCCUUCCAUACCGCAUGGUAUACGCAGUAGCGACGCAGGACAGCGUAUGGAUUUACGACACGCAGCAAACAGGCCCCAUCUGCUGCUUCAGCAACAUGCACUAUGCCAGCUUUACCGACCUCACGUGGUCACCCGAUGGUCAGACGCUCAUGAUGUCUUCCACGGACGGAUACUGUUCGGUGGUGGUGUUCGACUAUGCAGAAUUGGGUGUUCCGUAUGCGUUCUCGGCUCAGCCAGCGUUGAAGGCUCCUGCGCCUGGCGUGCCUGCUCCUGCGCACAUUGCCGAGGGCAAAUCGACAGGCUCGGCGCCGAACACGCCCAAGAUGACCAGUCCGGCCAUGCUUGCGCCUGCAGCGGGAGGGUCAGGAUCGGCUGCUGAAGCGUACGCUUCGGCCAUCGCGUCAUCGCCUGCCGGGUUGGGUCUGGCAAUGCCGAGUCAGUCGUCGACGCUUGGAACAGCUGGUAGUGGCAACGAGGCGAGCAGCUCGACGGAUGCAGCCGAAGCGCCCAAGAAGAAACGUAGAAUUGCUCUUACGCUGGAACGCCCACUUGGCUCUUGA